AUGAAGCUCAUUCUUAUCCUUUCCGCAAUUUGCUCCCUCAGCACCAUAGGUGUCACCGGAACCCCCAUCUUCCAACUUGAAGGAGAAUCAAUCUGCAAUGCCCUCGCCAACUUAGCAGCUGAUUUAAACAACACAGCCACAUACUUUCACCACAUCACCCCCGCAGGCUCGAAUAGCCCUAGCACAUCUCACAACUUGCACUUAGAUAUCUCUUCAAGCCCAUUAACCAAGCAGUUAAUACUAGGCUUGAAAGAUAUGCAAACAAUUUUCGAGGAUAUCAUAGCCACGCUAAACAUGUUCAAUUCCAAGUCGCCGUCAGAGGCAUACAGAUUGAUUCAACCGCUCUUCUCUGUUAUUCGACGAGAAUUACAGGUUCGAAUCACUAUACUUGAGAACAAGGUUGCUACUGGACAGGCGGAUGAGCAUGAGAGUCGAUUUUUGAUUGAUUCGCUUUCAACGGCUUUGGAUAAUGUGAUUGAAAGAUUAAAUCAUAGUAAUUGGAGGAAGACUUGUGAAUCUCAAUCUCAAGGUAGUGAGCCUGUUAAGAGUGAUGUGGCUGCUAGUUACUUUUCUGGGACUUCCUUUUCUGGCUAA